AUUAGACAAAAAUGAAUAAUAAGAAAUCAAUACUAAUAAGGGAUGGCCUUUGACUCUAAUCAUAGACACGGACUGACAAAAUAAUGUCACGAGAAAAGAGACUAAACACAAGACCCUGUGUUUGUAAAUUUGUUUUUAACAGUUAACCAACAAAACAGUUGAUUGUCAUAAUGUAUAGCGGAAUGACAUCAACACUGUCUUCGGGUCGCAAACUGCGGCACCGGUCAGACACUCAGUCCUGUCGACAAUCUGCAGGACAACACAGCAAACUAUUAACACAAAGUGUGAUUAAAACUAGAGAAAAAUCAGUGACACGUCGGGUAAUGGCCUACUUGAAGGAGGCCUGGAAUGGACCCAUAGAGGAGGACAGUGAUUUUGAGGACUUGGAUGGCCAACACACCCAUUUCCGACCCGAAGCAAUAGACACAUUAUGUCAAAUGACCAAGUUCAAUAAACGAGAGCUUCAAUUAAUGUAUAGAGGAUUUAAACAGGAGGCGCCCAGUGGUGUAGUCCGUGAGGAGACGUUUAAGUUAAUAUAUGCACAAUUCUUCCCGAAGGGUGCGGACACCACCCAAUACGCUCAUUACGUGUUCCAGACCUUCGAUCCCGACCACACCGGAGCCAUCACUUUCACCGAUUUUGUGAUAGGACUGUCAGUAUUAGCGAGAGGUACCAUAAAAGACAAACUUCGCUGGACUUUCAGUCUCUACGAUAUCAAUAACGACGGAAUGAUCACUAAAGACGAAUUGUCGCGAAUUGUUUCAUCCAUUUAUGAUUUGAUGGGAAAGUCAGUCGAGCCUAUGAUUGAAGAACAAACAUCCAAAGAUCACGUCGAAAGAGUAUUUCAAAAAUUAGAUAUCAAUAAUGAUGGAUUCGUAACAGUCGAUCAAUUUCUUGACUAUUGUCUUAAAGACGAGACGAUAACGCGUUCACUGGAGGUAUUCAAUACAAUGCUGUGAUUAAUUGGGAGUCAAAAAAACUAUAGACUAAAUAAAUGGAUCGCAAAUAACUUACUGCCGGUUCUGUGAUGCGAUCACAUCAUUAUCGUAGAGGAAAAUUGCUUUAUGUUUUAGAGAU